GUCCUAAUUACAGCCAAUUAUCUCCAGCUUUGCGCGCAUUUCACUCGCUUUAAAAGCUGUCGCAGUCUGUCCUUGUCACAACUGUCACUGCAAAACCAACACGAUGGCUUUGGUUUGGCUCAUGGCUGUUCUGGUAAAUGCUGUCUUGAUAGAAAAAGGCCUUUGUGUUCCUGUUGGCGCUACGAAAGGCCAGCCUGUAACAAAAGUGGAAUUGAAUGACAAAGCAAGCCAUGAUGACUUCAGCAAUGACCAAAAGAGCUACAACAUGACCAAGGACCAGCAGAACGAUGAAGCAUUCGACGACCACAACAAGGGCCACAAUGCCACUAAGGAGCAGCAGAACGAUCAAGUCUUUGCCUAUGACCACCACGAGGGCCACAACCACACAAAGGGGCAGCAGAGCGAUGACUCCUUCAAUGACCACCACAAGGGCCACAAUGUGACAAAGGAGCAGCAGAGCGACUCUUUCAAUGACCACCACAACGCAACCAAGCAGAGCGACGAGGCCUUCAGUGACCACCACAACGCGACCAAGCAGGGCGACGAGGCCUUCAGUGACCACCACAACGCGACCAAGCAGGGCGACGAGGCCUUCAGUGACCACCACAACGCGACCAAGCAGGGCGACGAGGCCUUCAGUGACCACCACAACGCGACCAAGCAGGGCGACGAGGCCUUCAGUGACCACCACAACGCGACCAAGCAGAGCGACGAGGCCUUCAGUGACCACCACAACGCGACCAAGCAGGGCGACGAGGCCUUCAGUGACCACCACAACGCGACCAAGCAGAGCGACGAGGCCUUCAGUGACCACCACAACGCGACCAAGCAGAGCGACGAGGCCUUCAGUGACCACCACAACGCGACCAAGCAGAGCGACGAGGCCUUCAGUGACCACCACAACGCCACCAAGCAGAGCGACGAGGCCUUCAGUGACCACCACAACGCCACCAAGCAGAGCGACGAGGCCUUCAGUGACCACCACAACGCGACCAAGCAGAGCGACGAGGCCUUCAGUGACCACCACAGCGCGACCAAGCAGAGCGACGAGGCCUUCAGUGACCACCACAACGCGACCAAGCAGAGCGACGAGGCCUUCAGUGACCACCACAACGCCACCAAGCAGAGCGACGAGGCCUUCAGUGACCACCACAACGCCACCAAGCAGGGCGACGAGGCCUUCAGUGACCACCACAACGCCACCAAGCAGGGCGACGAGGCCUUCAGUGACCACCACAACGCCACCAAGCAGGGCGACGAGGCCUUCAGUGACCACCACAACGCCACCAAGCAGGGCGACGAGGCCUUCAGUGACCACCACAACGCCACCAAGCAGGGCGACGAGGCCUUCAGUGACCACCACAAUGCCACCAAGCAGAGCGACAUGUUCAACCUACGCAAAGAUAUGUCUGGCAACCAGAAUUACAAAAUGGAUGAUGAUGAUGACUAUGUGUUUACAGUGACUGUUUAAAGUCUGCAAUUGUCUCCAUUUGCUACAAUAAAUUUCCUUACUUGA